AUUGCAAGCCCCCAGCCCUGACUGUAGGCGGAUUAGCGGCGGGGGCGGGGGGCGCAAACAGAGGCUCGCGCGCUGCACCGCCCCCACUCUCCGCCUCCUGGACUGGGGGCGGGCCUGGGGCUUCGGCCCAGCAGCGACGGGGGCCCGCGGCUCCGGUCCCUGAGGCAGCGUCUGCCACGCUCGGGGCUCUGGCCCUGCAGGGGCUCCGGGGCUAAAGCCCCGAAGAAAACCCUCCCUCCAGGGCCGAAGCCCCGGGCCCCAGCCCGCAGGCCCUGCGGGAGGGAAGCCCCCAGCCCUGGCGCGCCCCCUGCUCUCACGCUUCUGAAGACUGUCCUAGGCGGCUCGGGAAUUUCGACCACCCCGGGCAUAUUAUUGUUAUGAGCCCUACAGGUCCUGGGUCGCCGCUGUACACUUUGGUGGCAUCGCUUCAAGGUCUAGGAAAGUGGCGUCUGAACAGCAAUGCAUGGCCUCAGUCCUGCUCUUUGCAGUGUGAGCUUCAGGCAGGGGAGAUCAGGCAAAAGGCGGUGGUUGUUUUUUUAGGGGGAAGGGGGGGUGGUUCCCAAAGAGAGAACGACAUCUCCUACAAUCCCAGAUACUUGCACCAGACGUGGGACAGACAGGUGACCCUGCCCUCCUCUGACUUGUCAGUUUUGCCAUCUGUAAAAUGGGGAUAGGAAUAGUGAGCUCCUUGGUAAAGUGCUGCGAGAUCAAUAGAUGAACUGUAUAACAGCUAGGUAUUAGGUUUCAGAGGGGUAGCUGUGUCAGUCUGUAUCAGCAAAAAGAACAAGGAGUACGUGUGGCUCUAACAAAUUUAUAAUUUGUAAGUAGAUAUAAAAAGAAAAGGAGUACUUGUGGCACCUUAGAGACUAACCAAUUUAUUUGAGCAUAAGCUUUCCUGACCCACAGCUCACUUCAUCGGAUGCAUCCGAUGAAGUGAGCUGUAGCUCACGAAAGCUUAUGCUCAAAUAAAUUGGUUAGUCUCUAAGGUGCCACAUGUACUCCUUUUCUUUUUGCGAAUACAGAGUAACACGGCUGCUACUCUGAAACCUGUCAUUAAGUAGAUAUAGCUAUACUUACAAAUUAUAAAUAUGUAUACACACACACACACACUUACAAAUGAUAAAUGUGUUAGUUUCUAAGGUACCACAAGUACUCCUUGUUCGUUUAGCUAGGUAUUAGUUUCCCCCUUCAAAAAGAAAAAGAUGUCAGUAAGUUGCAACAGCUCCAAGGGGGGAUUCAAACAAAGUCUAUUCAGAUUAAUUAGAUCUGUAAUUAAAAUAAUUUUAAACUGUUGCUAUAACGCAGAAGGGGCUGAGAAAAGGGUUCUCUCCCCUGCACAAAAAUCUCCCAGGACUCCUUCCUCUGUAUGAUGCACUACAACUCCCACAAUUCUGUGCAAGCCAUGUGAUUUUUAUUGAGCUUGCAAGUGACUAUAUUGAAGCAUACACCGCCUCGCAACUUACCAAACUAUUGAGUUUCCAGAGGAGCGGCUAUCAUACUUCGGGAUCACUUUACACAUUCGCUUCCUUUCUGGUUGUGUUGCACUGCAAAGCAGAAAUAAAGAAGCCAAGAUGAUGCAAAUGUAUUUCUACUUCUCGGACAAGGUGAUACUUUUGUUUGACUUCUGGAAUGUCCACACCCCUGCAGGGAUGGUGCUCUCGGUGCUGGUGGUUCUGCUGCUAGCGGCGUUGUACGAAGCCAUCAAGAUCAGCAAAACCAAACUCCUUCGCCUGAUGAUACUGGCCAUCCCCACCACCCUGAGUCAGGAGUCACUCAGGGAGCCGGAGCCGGGGUCUGUCAACUCAAACCUGGGUCAGCAAAACACCACCUCAAAAAGGUGGUUUCUUUACCACAUCAGCCAGAGCCUGCUCCACGUGGUCCAGGUGGUGAUCGGUUACCUGGUGAUGCUGGUGGUGAUGUCUUACAACACUUGGAUCUUCCUGGGGGUGAUCGUGGGUUCCGCCCUGGGUUACUACGUGGCUUACCUGGUGUUUACCGUGAGAUAGCGGUGGCCUGCCGCACUCCAGGGCACUGCAAAGCAGAAGAGGGCAACCUCUGCAGUGAGGGAAGGACUAAGGAGGCUCCACUAGAGAAAAUGCUUGUGCAAAGCUUGGCCUGUAGGUGGUGGGAGACAAAUCUCCGCACAAUGGGGGACUCCCCCCAUUCCCCCACCCUGGGGGGAUUGAGUUUCUUCCUUUUAAUCCUAGCGUGGUCUCCACUUCUAUACAAUUACCCAUUUUUAAGAUCACUUUUGGACCCUUUCUGCCGGGCAGGCCCUCAUCGCCCUGGCCAAGCAGGGCACGGCCCCACGAAGAGCUAAACUGGGCCACAUGCUGGCUGUGAACCGGGCUGGGCGGAUGUCAUAAAUAUAAAGGGAAGGGUAACCACCUUUCUGUAUACAGUGAUAUAAAACCCUCCUGGCCAGAGGCAAAAUUCUUUCACCUGUAAAGGGUUACGAAGCUAAGAACCUCCCUGGCACCUGAUCCAAAAUGACCAAUGAAGGGACAAGAUACUUUCAAAUCUGGAGCGGGGGAACAAAGGGUUCUGUCUGUGUGUGCGAUGCUUUUGCCGGGAACAGAUCAGGAAUGCAGCCUUACAACUUCUGUUAAGUUAGUAAGUCAUCUAGCUAGAACAUGCGUUAGAUUUCCUUUUGUUUAAUGGCUGGUAAAAUAAGCUGUGCUGGUGGGAAUGUAUAUUCCUGUUUUUGUGUCUUUUUGUAACUUAAGGUUUUGCCUAGAGGGAUUCUCUGUGUUUUGAAUCUGAUUACCCUGUAAGGUAUUUACCAUCCUGAUUUUACAGAGGGGAUUCUUUUACCUUUUCUUUAAUUAACAUUCUUCUUUUAAGAACCUGAUUGAUUUUUCAUUGUUCUUAAGAUCCAAGGUCUGUGUUCACCUGUACAAAUUGGUGAGGAUUCUUAUCAAGCCUUCCCCAGGAAAGGGGGUAUAGGGCUUGGGGGCAUAUUUUGGGGGAAGACAUUUCCAAGUGGGCUCUUUCCCUGUUCUUUGUUUAAAACGCUUGGUGGUGGCAGCACAGGGUUCAAGGACAAGGCAAAGUUUGGGGAAGUUUUUAACCUAAGCUGGUAAGAAUAAGCUUAGGGGGUCUUUCAUGCAGGUCCCCCCAUCUGUACCCUAGAGUUCAGUGGGGAAGGAACCUUGACAGCAGACAAGCAGCUCAGCCUUACAGCUGCUGUCUCCAAUGACUUUCAGCCCACCCUCAGUUCUCACUCAGGAAUCCCAGGAGCCUUUCCCUGCUGACUGAAGGAGCAAAGGGACUUGGGCACUGCCACCCUCGCCCGGGGACGGACAGAGCAGGCGGACAUGUUACAGGCUAUGUCCAUCAGCAGAUGCUGCAGGGAUGGGAAUGCCGGGGGAUGGAUUGGGGGUUAUUUUACCCUCCCUCCCAGAUUGUUCAUGUUCCUGGCUGGCUCCGUGACGGCUCUGUUCACCGCUCCCUGUUGCUUGUGGGCAGGAGGAAAAUAACCCUCAAUGGGCUCAUGCUGGUCUCUGACCCCAAGGGGACGCUCCCCUCACACUGUGCCUUCUGUGUUCCCAACAGAACAAAGCUGUAUGUCAGCUCCCCGUCUCAGCACCCUCUGGAUAGUGCAGGGGGUGAGCACAGCUUGACGACCCCCCACCCUCCUGCUGCUGGAGGAUAAGGGAGUAAAUUGGUUGGUUUAACAGUCUUGCGUGUGCAGUGGCUUGGUUGCUUUGGAAGCCAAGAUGCCCCAGGGGCUGGUGGGUCUCGCAGGAUCCUGCUGUAUUUCAUGCCAAGAGAAGGGAAAGUUUUAAUAAAGCUAUCCUAAUUGCUUGGCUA